AUGCUUGCGACGGAGAUACUGGCUAAUCUGAAUAAGUUUCCUCAUUGCAUUCUCCUCACUCGUGUUGGUCAGUUUUACGAGUCAUAUUUUGAUCAAGCCAAGGAGGUAUCUCGUCUCCUGAAUAUCAAACUGACAUCUCGGGUAUGGGACAAGCAGGUUGUAGCUAUGUGCGGUUUUCCUCUAAUGCACAUCGACAAAUACCUCAAAAUCUUAGUGCAGCAGAACAAACUCUUCGUUGCGAUGUGCGAGGAAUUUCCCCGACCUUCACUUCCCGGUCAGAAACCUGAGUUCGAUAGACGUGUUUCUCGCGUUAUCACACCUGGAACAUUGAUUGACGAGCCCUUUCUUAAUCCUUACGACAAUAAUUACCUCCUCGCACUCAGUGCACCUGAGAUCACGGCUCAGAAAGGCGACCCGACUACGUCAAGUGAAGUUGGUUUGGCUUGGAUAGAUAUAUCGACUGGCGAAUUUUUCACGAGGACUUCUACGGAAGUAGCCUUGAGGAAUCAUUUGACUCGAAUCAAUCCGCGAGAAAUUGUAUUGAACAGAAACCUCGAAUCUACGCAUCCCAUCCGUCAGGCACUUAUGGAAGAAGAUUGGUUUGUCUCCAAUGCUGCUCGAUCGCCACCUGCUUCCAAUGUAUCUUUUCAAUCUGAUACAUCCACUGACGAUAUAACUGGUCUGUCCGAUAUCUCUUCAGGUGCUCUUCCCCUCUAUUCCCAAGAGGAAUCCUCCGCAAUUGGACUCCUCACAAGCUAUCUACAUGCAAACCUGCUGGAACAUAUGCCUCAGCUUCUUCGGCCUAACCGAGAACUGACAGAGGGGAGAAUGCAGAUGGAUUCAAAUACUAUUAAAGCACUUGAGUUGCGCGAAAGUACAAGGGAAGGCGGGACUGCAGGUAGUUUGCUGAACGUUAUAAAAAGGACUACCACGACAGGCGGUACUCGUCUUCUUUCUCGCUGGUUAUGUUCUCCUAGUACGUCGAUCCCAGAGAUAAGCGCCCGCCAAUCUUUGGUCGCAUUUUUCCUGAGUAGACCACAUCUCCGAGAUGACAUCUUGCAACUAUUAAGUGACGUAGAUGAUGCUUCACGCAUUAUACAAAAGUUCCUUCUGGGCCGGGGAGAUGUGACUGACUUGUUGUCUAUCAACGCGACGGUUGUUACCUGGUCUCUAAUUCAACAACGAAAAGGGGUCACUAUGACUGACCACUGGGCUGGUAUUGACCAGCUUCUAUCCAAGAUGACGGACUUGAAAGGGCUUUCUCACCGUAUCAGUACAGCAUUGGAGAAUGUCGAUCGGCUGGGGAAGGGUUCUUCUAACGACUCUGAUGCUAUCGACGACGAUGACCAUGCGAAGUUAUUACAGGGACCACUAAACGUGUCCACCAAUAUUAAAUACGAUGGCACUACGAGGUGGUCCAUCAGGCCUGGGUUUACGGAGCAGCUGUUUGCACUACAUACAACUCUCGGGGAGCUCCUCGAGAGAAGAACAAAGCUUGAACGGCGACUACAGCUAACUUAUGGUGCACCCUCCCUGACCCUCCGCUCUUCUCCUAACUAUGGCAUGCAUGUGCAUAUCGCUCGCGUAAAGCGUGAUCGGGCCAAGUUAAAAGAGUCGCCUGCGUUUGUAUGCAUAACAGAAACAGGUUCUACGUGUAGUUACUUCUAUCAGGAGUGGGCCCAACUCGGUAGCCAAAUUGUUGAGACUACAGUAGCCAUUUCAGCAGCUGAAAAAGAGGUACUCGGAAUGCUCCGCAACGAGGUCAAUGCAAGUUCAGCACACCUUCGAAAAAAUGCUCGUAUAAUGGAUGAACUGGACGUGACGAUAGCUUUUUCGAACUUGGCGACUGAGAGGAACUUUGUUAGGCCUGAAGUCAGGGACGACGUGUGUUAUGAGGUCACGAAUGGCCGACACCCUACUGUAGAGCUCGGUUUGCUCACUCAAGGACGCGUUUUCACCCCUAAUUCGAUUGCGCUGAAUUCCGGUUCCCGGCUUCAAAUUAUUACAGGACCCAAUAUGGCUGGAAAGUCUACACUGCUUCGACAAACAGCUUUGCUAGCUAUACUUGCCCAAAUAGGUUCGUAUGUGCCCGCGGAUCACGCGGUGGUGGGCAUUGUUGAUCGACUAUUCUCGAGGGUGGGAGCUAAGGAUGACCUCUUUCGAGACCGAAGUACGUUCAUGGUAGAGAUGCUUGAAACUGCCGAGAUUCUCCGACGAGCAACUCCUAAAAGUCUCGUCAUCAUGGAUGAAGUAGGAAGGGGAACAACUGUCACUGACGGCAUGGCAAUAGCGUUUGCUACCAUUCACCAUCUCAUCACUGUAAACCGUUGUCGGGCUCUCUUCGCGACCCACUUUCACGAGCUUGCUGAGAUGCUAGGGUACCGCUCUGAGAUGCACAAAGGUGGAGGGAUCUUCUCAGAGGUCGCCUUCUCCUGCACCGAUGAUAGUCAUUUUGCUUAUUCGCAUCGCUUGAGGCCUGGAGUUAAUCGUAACAGUCAUGGUCUGAAAGUAGCUCAGCUAGCCAAUAUGCCUGAAACAGCAAUAUCGACUGCCAAAAAAGCUCUCUCAAUUCUAAAGGGAGGGGUCCAUGACAAUAUAAGUCUAGCUGAACGAUCGAAGCUUGGGGAUGUUCUGGCAGAUUUAUGAAAGUCACAAUAGUACUCGUAGCCGUGGCAUGUGGUGAUCAUACUCUAGCUAAUCGACGCUCAUACUCUGCUGUCUGCUGUCGUAACCACAACAAUUCUGACAUAUUAGCAUUCAAUUACUCUGGCUCGGAAAGUUCGUGGUGAUGAAGGUAGAAUAGUCUAAGCGCGACGUUCUCCUCACUAGCCCUUUCAAGAGAAGAUUCCAUCCUUGUAGACCUUCCAAAGUCGAUGAGACGAUAACUGAACUUGUCCGAAAUCAUCCGACCGAUAGGCCACUCUGAAUGCAGACCCCUCUCCAUCAUUAUAUUACGAGUUGCGAAUGAAUUAUGAACCCAUCCUUCAUGAUGGAACCUGAAAAGUAGCGAUGCGCAUUCAUUCCUAUCGUCUAUCGACAUAUUUUUCACUUCGACAGGGACACCACAAUGCUCCAGGAGCAUGAUAGGACUCAAGUAGCGAGGACCGCCAUCGUCUUCUGUUUCCCUAUUAUCAUGCUCUGUCAUGUCGUCAUCCGUUUUUGUCGUCUCUUGAU